AUGGACCAACCUACUCUUCCUAUUCCGAUCUCUUUCAUUUCUGGUAGAUACCUACUGUUCUCCAUUGACGAUGUCACAUAUUUGAGACGGGAAUACAACACGUGUGGUGUCUUGAUCGGGACUCUUCCACAAAUUCCACAACAAAAUGUGUUCUUGGGGUUGCCGCUCGAGUUGAUGCCCGAGGAGGCGCGGCUGUUGGUGGACAAGGGUGUAGCUUGCAUUGUAGACGAAGCCAAGGCACACAAUGGCAUGCAAUCUCUCCUAGAGGAAGAUCGCCGACAGUACCUACGAGAAUUAGAAUCCCAGGGCCUCCACGCCACACGCAUCCUAGCGGAACGCAAGGACCAACAAAGAGACCAAAAGUUCAAAGAGAAAAGCGACAAGAAGGCAGCCAUGGCCAGAGCAGCUGCUAAAGCUGGUGGUGGUGGUGAUAAACACGAUCCCCCCGCUACUCCAGCGAAUGACAACCCAGCCUCGGUGGCCGACUUCUUCGAUGAUUCUGCCUCUGCAAAGGCAUCUACCAGCACUGUGCCUGAGCAAAUCUACGCUGUGACUCCCACAACAUCCUACCCUCCACUUCCUCGGCCAUCUACAUCGUCCAAUAAUAUUCUUGCACGGCCCGAUGUCCCGCUCUCAUACCCGCUGUUUGCUCAUCUGCAGUCGCGUGGCUAUUUCCUCUCGCCCGGCCUGCGUUUUGGAUGCCAAUAUGUGGCGUACCCAGGUGACCCUCUCAGAUUCCAUUCGCAUUUCCUCGUUGUCUCUGCCGAAUGGGACCAGGAGAUUGACCUGAUGGAUAUUAUUAUUGGUGGCCGACUGGGUACUGGUGUCAAGAAGGGCUUCCUUCUCGGUGGACCUCAACUCUCAAGAGAGCAAGCCGAAUCUGAGAUUGAGCGCACUGGGAGUGUGCGUACAUUCAGCAUUGAAUGGGCAGGCAUGUAA